AUGCUUCAGUCAACUCCUGCUACCCAAUCGAUUGCACAAAUCUUGAAAGAUUUUAUAAGUUGGCCAAGACAAUAUGAAAUGAAUAAUGAAAAAACAAAUAAUGGUGCUUAUGUCUUGGGUAUUGCUGGAUGUUCAAAUAGCGGUAAAACAACAUUUUCAAAAACGUUAUCCACUGCCUUGAUUAACGAAGGUAUGCGAGUAGCAGUGCUUUGUCAAGAUGUAUUCUAUUAUCCAGAGGAACAACUGGAACGUGUUGUAAGCCGCGCAAAUCCAAAAAUCAUAUUUUAUAACUAUGAUACAAUAAAAGCGUUGAACACGGUUAAAUUCCUGUUGAGUUUACAAAAAGCGAUUGUUGCGAACGAUUUUGUAAUUGUUGAAGGGAGCUUGAUUCUGGAAAUCGACAGUUUGCGCGAGCUGCUACACCGAUCUAUUUUUAUUACAUUAAAUCAUAAUUUAUGCGAACAAAGACGUGCAGAUCGGGAAUAUGACCAUGCGGACUUAUCUGGAUACAUGGAAGAAAUUAUUUGGCCCUCAUACAGGAAUCAUUUAGCUAAUGCUUACAAUCUCGCUCGUCAUUCAUCAGCCAUUGUUUUUGUUGAUGGAAAUACUCAAGGAUUUUCCAGUGAAUUAGAAGUGAAAACGAUGCUUUCAAAGCUAUCCAAAAAUUUAUUGUUGAUUCAAGCUGAUGAACUUCAAUUAUCGUACGCAUUUAAAUUUGUUAAUAAACCAAAAAGUGGCGGUAUAUCGAUAUUUUUGGGAACAACAAGGGAUAAUUUUAAUGAUAAACAGGUUGUUCGGUUAGAAUUUGAGGCAUACGAUGAAAUGGUAUAUAAGGAGUUAGAUAAGUUGUGCAAUGAGUUACGAGAAAGUUACCCUUCAGUUGACAGAAUUGCGUUGAUUCAUAAAGUAGGGGAAGUUUUUGUUGGAGAAGCAUCGGUAAUAAUGGCAGUAAGUGCACCUCAUAGACAAGAUGCAUUUCGAGCCACUGAGAGAGGAAUAGAUUAUUUGAAAAGUCGAAUUCCUAUUUGGAAAAAGGAGGUUUAUUCCGAUGGUACUUUUUGCUGGAAAGGAAAUUCAUGA